CCACCACCAUGGUAGACAUGCCAAGCCCCUACAGCCCGUCCUCUCCUGUGGGAGACUCCGUCCUGGGCAGUCCUCUGUGUGGGGACCUGAUCCAGGACAUGGAGGAGCUGGAAGAUCUCUCUCAGUCCAUUGAAGAGGACACGUUCAACAGCUUUGAUGUCCAUGAACACAAGUCUUCAAGUACAGGAUCAGAGUGUUCCACUGCACUAGAUUUUCUAACACCAGCGUCCAGCCCAUCCUCUGGGGUGUGUGGUGCAGGGACAGGAAGUGAGGUUUCCUCGAACCCUCUAAACCUGGAGUGUCGUGUUUGUGCUGAUCGUGCGUCAGGAUUCCACUAUGGGGUGCACGCAUGUGAGGGAUGCAAGGGAUUCUUCAGGAGGACCAUACGCCUCAAGUUAGAGUAUGACAAAUGCGAGCGAACUUGCAAGAUCCAGAAGAAAAACCGUAACAAGUGUCAGUACUGCCGAUUCAACAAGUGCCUGUCAGUUGGCAUGUCCCACAAUGCCAUCCGUUUUGGGCGUAUGCCCCAAUCAGAGAAGCUGAAAUUGAAAGCUGAGCUAGAGACGGGAGAGAAGCAGUACGUGGAGCCUCAGCUGGCCGAUACCAAGGCUCUAGUUCGGCAGCUCCACGAGGCUUACUUGAAGCACUUCCCCAUGAAUAAAGCCAAAGCCAGAGGCUUUCUGACUGGCAAGACCAGUACACCGCCUUUUGUCAUCCAUGACUUGCAGACUCUGCAGCUGGCAGAGAACACGUUGCUGAUCCAGCUGUUUGGAGGCAGUGUAGAGGCUGCCAGCCUUCUGCAGCGCGAGGCCGAGGGCCGGCUCUUCCACUGCAGCCAGCGCACGUCCGUGGAGACGGUGACCGAGCUCACCGAGUUUGCCAAGGCAGUGCCAGGCUUCCCGGAGCUCCACCUGAAUGAUCAGGUGACCUUGCUGAAGUACGGCGUACACGAGGCAAUCUUUGCUCUGCUGGCCUCCUGCAUGAACAAGGACGGGCUGCUGGUGGCACAGGGCCGCGGCUUCAUCACCCGUGAGUUCCUCAAGAGCUUGCGCCGGCCUUUUAGCGACAUGAUGGAGCCCAAGUUCCAGUUCGCCGUGAAGUUCAACGCCCUGGAGCUGGAUGACAGUGACCUGGCUUUAUUUGUGGCUGCCAUCAUCUGUUGUGGAGACAGACCAGGCCUGGGGAACGGGUCUCAUAUUGAGUGCAUGCAGGAGACUAUUAUUCAUGCACUGAGGCUCCAUCUACUGGCCAACCACCCAGAUUGCCCAUUCCUUUUCCCCAAGCUGUUGCAGAAACUGGCCGACCUUAGGCAGCUUGUGACCGAGCAUGCUUUUCUAGUACAGGAGAUUAAGAAGACAGAAGAUGCCUCAUUGCACCCGCUGCUUCAGGAGAUUUACAGCGACAUGUACUAAGCAUGGUCCUAAAUCUCAGAGGGGGAUUCUGGGAGGACUUUCUGUGCCCUUGGCUCAGUGGGUUUGUGGAGAACAAUCUAAGGUGUGGGGGGGUCAUGGAUGGUGGUGGGGGGGCGAGGGAGAGUGUGAUGAACAGCUGCCUUAAUAUAACCACAGUCAGUGUUGAUUGGAGGUCAGAGAAUAGCUGCUUAGAGGAGUGAUUCCGGCCGUAACAGAUUCAGAUUUUUAUUUAGGCCUAUGUACAUUUUUUACUUUUGUGCCUGUGAGAAUAUCCAAGUGACAGCAGGGGUCAUAUACAAUAUUUGCUGGGAUCACAUGAACACAUUUGCCUGGUUUAACCACCAGUGAAAGAAGCAGUUUCAACUUCCCUAGUGGUACAAUAUCUUGUUUCAACCCAGUAUUGUGGACACCAGCUAAACGUCUGCAGUUUAAGCUAAAACACUGUGCCUUUUCUUAUGAAGCAGCUUCACUUACAGGAUUGAAAAGCACAGAAAGCACUUCUGAUGAGUAGGCCAAUGAAAAACAGGUAGGGUCGAAAAAUAUCAACAAAUAUUUGACUGAAUAAUAUUAUGUGAAGGAUAAGGAACGGUCUCCUUAGUGGGAUUGUUUUCAAUCAUCCAUUUUAGACAAGAUAUUUUUCCAUGUUUCAUUGUGUUUUUAACAUUAACUAGCUUUAGCCUUUUACCAACUUUUACCUCACUUUGUUAAAAUAAUGGAAAUAACGUCAUCAGGAAAUAGUAAAAGCAGCUAUUGUAUCACUCCAAAAAGAUGCAUCGAUCAAGGAUUAUUUAUGCUUGUUGAUAAUAAUAUGGAGACUGGCUUUUAAUGUUUUAAUGUUCAGAUCUGAAAAAGGGACUUUUUGGUGAUCGUUAUGUUAGGUUGACAGGUUCUUGACAUGUAACAUUUGUCACUUCUGAUCAGUGCUAGGCCUUUUUUAUACAUUUGUGUCCAACUAUGAAUAAUAGUAGAAGUCAUACUUGUGUUCAACAAUAAUUCUGUUUAACACAUAUUGCCAACCUGAUGUUAAAAUGUCAGAUGUCACUCCAAGAACACAACUCUGUUUUUGUAGGAUAUAAAAUGUUGUGAUAUAACUGUGAAAGUACUAUUAUAAUUAUUGUUUAGAAUAUUUGGGUAAUUAGUAAAUGUAAAUAAAAUAGAUAUGUUUUAUAUUGUCAUAUUUUAUCUUCCUACCAUUCGGCUAAUAAAUAAAUAAAUCAGCAACAUAAAUAAAGGCAAACAUAAUCUAAACAUAGGCUAACAAGGUUUUAUAUGAUACUGUAUUUUUUCCCCAACGUGUAGCCCCUGAUGUUAUGUUUUCUAAAUGGUUUCAUUCACUGGAAAAAAAUCAUGCAAUUUGUAUAAAGUUCUAACAAUAUGUUUGCAUUUUAAUUACAACAAUUGUAUACCUUUAUUAUCAGGGAUUAUUGGUAUAUUAAAACCUCAGGUUGGCCCCUGCCUUAGUGGUCCUGUGUUAGAGGAAAGAAGAGUCACAGUGCAAAUAGUUGAAAGUAAUAUGACUGUAAUAUUGGUGCUGUGAUCAUUAAAACAUCUUUGAUGUA